UAGGCAACCGUUACAUUUGGUUCUCUUUUAAAUCCAUACCCAUUUUUCUUCAUCAACUUCACUACUUUGCUCCGUUAUUAUUGUAUACAAAUAUGUCUAGUUUCAAAGAAGGAAAGAAGAAAAAGCAGAUAAUAAUAGAGCCUCCACCACCUAUCUCUUGGCAAGAGAAGAGGGAUCUUGCUGAUAAGGAAGAAGGUGUCUUAGAAAAAGAAAUAGAAGAACUCAGACAAUGGACUGAUAUGAUAGCUGCAAUGAAUGAUGAGCAAUUAAGAGAUUACCUGAAAAACAGACCUGAGGAGUUGAAGACCGUGAAGAUGCAAAAGAGCAAGCCAAGGCAAAGGGUUCAGCAGCCAAGGAAGAGUAAAUCUUCUGGUUCCAGUUCCACUGGAAUAAUGGCUUCUGUAUGGAAAUUUCACAAAGAAAAUGAGGAGAUCUCCCCAAAUUAA